AUUCACAGAGGUGGACGGACGGGGGGCAGUUAGAAAGAGAGAAGGAGGGACAGAGAGAGAGGAAGAGGAGGGGAACUGUCUUUCAUUCUGCUCUAUUCUUCCGCACUGGACUCUUCUCUUGCCUGGGCUCUCUUCAUACAGGAGUGAACGAUGUCUGCCCCAGGCCUGCCUUCCCGUAAUGCUAAAGAGCUAAAGGAGCAGGAGCAGAUGAUGGAGUUCUUAAAGCAAAAGAUGAUGCUGUUUGGCGAGAAAGCCAUGCUGCAGAAGUCUGUGCGGGAGGAGAAGAAGCUGCUGGUGGAGAAUGCCAAACUAAAGGACGAGAUUGAGCAGCUGAAGAAACAACUUCAGGAAAACCAGCGGAGAAAAGCAGCUAAGCAGAAGGCGUUAGCUGAGGCCCAGGCGGCCAGUCCUGCCACUCCAGAGCCUACAGGGGGCGCCACACUGACACCAUCUGCCACGCCUUCUAAAGCUGCUCCACGCAAGCCCAAACCUCAGGGAGAGAGCGAGGGAAGGAAGAAGAAAGGGACAUGUAGGAAGUCUGGGGUGCAGGGCUCUGAGCUUGGGAUUCGGCAGCUGGAACUGCGAGUCGGACGCAUUCUGUCGGCACGGCAACAUCCCGAGGCGGAAUCUCUGUGCGUACAGGAAGUGGAUUUGGGAGAGGGACAGCCCAGAACAGCAGUCAGCAGAAUCCUCACAAACACACCCACAGAGCAGAUGAGUGAGAGCCUUUGUGUGUGUGUGUGUAACGGCCGUGCGGUACGUGUGAGGGGUGUGUUGUCCAAGGUGCACGUUCUCUGUGCCACUGACUCCGCCCACCUGGAGAUGCUGACACCGCCUAGCUCUGCCCAGCCCGGAGACAGAGUCACCUUCAACAACUACCCAGGUGAACCAGAUCGUGAAUUGAGCCCCCGUGUAUUUGGCCGUCUGCAGCCAGAUCUCUGUACUGACCCGCGGGGUGUGGCCUGUUAUCAGGGUGUGGCCUUUGAGGUGAAGGGGAAAGGCUUGUGCCGAGCUCCCAGCAUCUGCAACGGAUCAAUCAAAUAGUGCCGUGGAGACUGUCGCCACGGUUAUGGUGCAAAGCUACAUCUCUGCCGACAAGCCAAUAAAGUUUUGUCUGUUUUUUUUUUUUUUAAUUCUGCAGUUUAUUUAUUUUUUGUUCAUAGUGGCACACACACAUAAAU